UUAUGAAUUUAUUUUCCAGGCCAAUUAAAAUUUUAUCUAUUUGUUGUAAUUCUGUGUAUAUUCCAUAUUUCUUUUACAUCUUCUUUGUAUUUCGAUUGUAGUUGGAGAUUCGAUAUAAAGUGUGACUCAAUUGAUGUUGCUAUUUUUAGUUCAGUGGGUAUUAUAAUGUAGUAAAACCAUAGGGUUGGAAGCCACUUUGAAGGUGGUCUAGUUCACCUUCCUGCCUACAGCCAGAUCCUCAUACUAUCACAGACCGAUGGCUCUCCAGCCUUUGCUUGAAAACCUCCAAUAAAUGGGGUUCUUAUUCCAGGAAAAAGACGAAUUCAUAGUUCUAAGGAAGUCCCUGCUUAUUUUGAGUUUGGAUCCUCUUCUGUAAAGCUUCUAAUAAUUGAAUCUAAUCUUACUCUUGGCCAUUAUGGAGAAUAAAUCUGUACCCUAUUUCUCAUGGCAAAGCCCUCCAGCCAUGGAAGACUAUUGCCAUGUCUCCCAUUAGUCUUUUCUUUAAGCUAAAGAGAGUUCUUGGUGCUCUCUGAAUCUGGUUGUGAAUGAAUGUGGGAUUUUGCUGCCUCUUUGUAUGUGGAAAUGAGCUCUGCCAAUUUUGGUGGGAGCAUGGUUUCUUUGUGGUGGCUUCUUGAUUAAAGUGUUGUUUUCUUCCUGAUUGUCUAGUGCUGAUCCCUGCUUAUCUCGGUGUUGGUUGCUGGGUGUGUUAUAUUUUAGCUUUUCUUGUUUCUUUCCUAGGGUUUUUAAUUACCUCUUUUGAAUGCUGUGUAUAUGUUGAUAAUUUCUAAUCAUUUAUUCAGUCAAUCAAUUUGUAUGGAUGCCCACCUCAGCAAAUGAUUCUGGGUUGCAAGAAAUUUUAAAGUAAAUUAGAACAAUUUCUCAACAGAAAUACAAACAUUAGAAUACAGAGAAGCCAAGCAAGAUAUUACUGAUUGCCAGCAUGAAGAAAAUGAGACCUUCAACAUUCAGGCCCAGGCCUGAGCACAGAACCAGAUCUUAUUUCCUUGCAAAAAGCCAACAGGGUCAGGACCAUCUAAAUCCCUGGAGGGUGAAUGUGGCAGAAAAAAGCAGUCCUCCUUGGCCCUGCCAGCUGGCAUUCCCUGACCAAUGGGACCCACAACAUGCCCAUCCUACUGGCCUGGAUCAGACAGGUAGAAUUCACUGGAAAAGACUACCCAUCAGAUCAUGGGUAUACCACCCUGGCCACCAGCGUGACUCUCUUAAAAGCUUCUGAAGUUGAAGAAAUCCUGGAUGGAAAUGAUGAGAAGUACAAAGCCGUCUCCAUCAGCACUGAACCUCCCACCUACCUUAGGGAACAGAAGGCCAAAAGAAACAGCCAGUGGGUUCCAACUCUUCCCAAUAGCUCCCAUCAUCUGGAUGCUGUGCCCUGCUCAACCACCAUUAACAGAAACCGCCUGGGCAGAGACAAGAAGAGAACGUUCCCACUUUGCUUUGAUGACCAUGACCCAGCAGUGAUCCACGAAAAUGCGUCACAACCAGAGGUGCUGGUCCCAAUCCGGCUGGACAUGGAAAUCGAUGGGCAGAAACUGAGAGACGCUUUUACGUGGAAUAUGAAUGAAAAACUGAUGACUCCAGAAAUGUUUUCAGAGAUUCUCUGUGAUGACUUGGAUUUGAAUCCCCUCACUUUUGUUCCUGCGAUUGCAUCUGCAAUCCGACAGCAAAUUGAGUCGUACCCUACCGAUAGCAUCCUGGAGGACCAGUCAGAUCAGCGAGUCAUCAUUAAGCUCAACAUUCAUGUGGGGAACAUUUCCUUGGUGGACCAGUUUGAGUGGGAUAUGUCUGAGAAGGAGAAUUCCCCUGAGAAGUUUGCCCUGAAGCUGUGCUCAGAACUUGGACUGGGUGGUGAGUUCGUCACCACCAUCGCUUACAGCAUCCGGGGGCAGCUGAGCUGGCAUCAGAAGACGUAUGCCUUCAGUGAGAACCCCCUGCCGACCGUGGAGAUUGCCAUUCGUAACACUGGGGAUGCCGACCAGUGGUGCCCUCUGCUUGAAACCCUCACUGAUGCAGAGAUGGAGAAGAAGAUCCGAGACCAAGACCGGAACACAAGGCGCAUGAGGCGUUUAGCCAACACAGCUCCAGCCUGGUAACCUCUGUAGAGGACUUUCGGCCUCCAGACUGUCUCUCCAAAGGAAUGGCCUACUUGGGGGCCUGCAGUUCUCCCUGGAUUAGUUUGGCAAGCCAGGGGUCCCUCCUUUCCCCAGUCUCUACCUCUGGGGGUCCAGUAAAGAUGAAUUAUGGCAGCUGUCCAAACCUUCUUUUCCCACACCCUAACAACUUUUUAAAUAAAUAAUCCAUCAAGAUGGAAGAUGCAUUUCCAGAUUCCUUUUCUUUGUCCCCAAAUGUAUACUAAUUAGUUCCCCUUUUUUCUCUGUCCAUGUGCCUAGCAAUCAGUUUUUCUUUGCAAUAUUGGGGUGGGGUGGGAUCACUAAGCCACUAUGUGACACAUUUGGUUUUGGUGUAGCUUGUUGCAUGAUCUCAGCUCACUUCUUUAGUAUAUGGUGGUUAAGCAAACUAGUAUGAUCCAGGAACUCAGUUAAUGGCUUGUUCUAGAAGUAUAUUUCUUCCAUUGUUGCCUCACUGUAUAAUAGUCACUCUGAAGUGCUUGAGUUAACAAAAUGAGCUGGUGAUGUUUCUGUUUUGGCUGAACAUGAGUCUCUUUCAAGCCACAUCUGUUGUUAUCUGCUUUGGAAUAUUGCCCAGUUCUGCAAUUUCCAGAGACGACUCCUGAUUAUAUAUUAAUAAACAUUUCCAGCCUGAUAUAACAUAUAUUGAAAUGCUAUGGGGAUAUUUUAGAAGUUGUAUAAUGCUGGUUUUAUAAAGGUUUAUAUUUUUAUAUUAUAUUACAAAUAUAAUAUAUUCAUAAA